GAUUGCCAGAUUGGUAUAGAACAAACCGGACCAAACAAAUUGAACCGGUUAUAAUAAACCCUAAAUCCCCAAAUCAGAUUACCCUUCUUCAACCUCUCGACGACGCCGAGUAGAUUCCUUCUCCGCGUCUCUCCAGCUUCCCGAUCUCUACAGUUCCUCGUGAUCUGUAAACCAAUGGCGUUAGUUGUGAUUUGUGGGCAACCUUGCGGUGGCAAAUCAAUAGCUGCAGUAACUUUAUCUGAAUCACUGAAAGAAUCUGAUACGAAGCAGAGUGUUAGAAUCAUAGACGAGGCUUCGUUUCAUCUAGACCGCAACCAAAACUAUGCCAACAUGCCUGCGGAGAAAAACUUGAGAGGAAAGCUCAGGUCUGAUGUUGAUAGAUCAGUUUCGAGGGGAGACAUUGUUAUUGUAGAUUCAUUAAAUAGCAUCAAAGGUUAUAGAUAUGAGCUGUGGUGUAUUGCGCGCGCCGCUGGGAUUAGGUACUGUGUUGUCUACUGUGAUGUGGAUGAAGCUCGUUGCAGGGAGUGGAAUAAGGAGAGGAGUGAUAGAGGGGAGGCUUCGUAUGAUGAUGGUGUGUUUGAAGAUCUUGUGAGAAGGUUUGAGAGACCUGAGAGGAGAAACCGAUGGGAUUCGCCUCUUUUUGAGCUGUACCCUUAUCGAGAUGGGAUUGAGAGAUCCUCUCUUGUGAUUUUAGAGGCUGUGACUUAUCUGACCAAGACUGUUGAUUCUAAAACUCAGGAUGUGAGAGUUCUUCAGCCGAGUAUAGCGACUCAGUCUGCUAGAUUCUCUGAAGCGAACUCUCUUUAUGAGUUGGAUAGGGCGACACAAGAAGUCAUCAAUGCGGUUGUGGAGCAGCAAGGGCUUGGUGGGGUUAUAAGUAGAGUUACUCUUGGCAAUGAGCUACCUCCAGUUGAAAUCUGCAGACAGGUUGGACUACCGGAGCUAAGGAGGCUUCGAAGAACGUUUGUUAAAUUGAUGGGUCAAGCGAGUCUGAGCGGGCCACCGUUACCAACUGAUGCAGACAGUGCCAAGAGGCGGUUUGUGGAUUACUUGAACAGAGAGUUUGGAGGGCAAUAACGAUUGAAGAUUGGGGUUACAGUUUGGGUUUAUCGUUUUGUCCAGCACAAGUAAAGUGUACACUUUGUGAUCUUCAGUGAGAUUUUGGGGAUAAAUUGAUGUAGUACUUCUUAUGCAAACAUUUAUAAUCAUUUUACAAGUAAAAGUGUUUUUGUUUGUAAA